GUUGUGUUGGUGGGGCUUGCAAUAGGUCUGUGUGUCGUCUGAAUCUCGUGCCCUUCAUGCCAGAUAGCCUUAACGUCUUGCUUGUCGAUCUUCCCUUUUUGCAGGGAACUGGAUACUGGGAGUACCUGCUGCAAAGCCGAGGAAUAGAUGUGGUGGUGUUCGAUACCAAUACAGUUUAUCCACCCGAAAUGCGAUACUUAGAUAUCCAGACCAGUGGGACUGAAAUCCUGGAAACAUUUGCUGACCGAGUGCUUUUAUUGGCCUGGCCCGAUGUGGAUGCAGUUGCCAAAAUGUCUCACAGUGGAACUCAGGGUAGCAUUGGAAGCCAUUCUGCUUCAGGUCUUCGCAGCAACCGGAUCAUCAUCUACGAGUACGAGAACUUCCAGGGUCGCCGGGUGGACUUCAACUCGGAGUGCAAGAAUAUCUGUGACCGGGGAUUUGAGAGAGUCGGGUCAAUCCGGGUUGAAUGUGGACCAUGGGUGGCUUACGAGCAGCAGAACUUCAGUGGUGAGAUGUUCAUGCUGGAGAAGGGAGAAUACCCUCGCUGGGACUCCUGGUCUAACAGCUAUCGCACUGACCGUCUGAUGUGUUUCCGCCCCGUCAAAAUGGACGGCCAGGACCACAAGAUUUGUCUGCACGAAUGUGCCAACUUCGAAGGGAGAAAGAUGGAGAUCAGUGAUGAGGACAUCCCCAGUCUCUGGGCUUAUGGUUUCCAGGACAGAGUUGCCAGCAUUAAAGUAGCAGGAGGAACAUGGGUCGGCUACGAGUACCCAGGUUACAGGGGAUACCAGUAUGUGUUGGAGUGCGGAAUGUACAAGCACUGGAACGAAUGGGGCGCCCAACAGCCUUUGAUCCAGUCCAUGCGACGUGUGAAGGACCAGCAAUGGUACAAACGAGGCUGCUUUGAGUUUAACUAAAGCAUACAAACGCUCUCCGAGGCAGCCGCGGGAAUAAUUUUAUUGUUCUUCAUAUCAGGUCCACAGAAAUUCAAAGACAUCUUUCUCAUCAACUUCAUACAAAUGCCCAGAGUUGUUCUACACCAACAGCUCCCAUUUUUUUUAAAAAAAACUUUAACAAUGUUAACAUCUUUUAGCAGUUUCUGUUGCCGAUAACAGAUAUCGAUUAUCUCAAGAGCCCAAAGAAAGCGAUAUCACCUCGUUUUAAGUCUAGCAGCCUCUUGUGCUUCCCACCUCUCUCUUGCGCUCCCUUUCUCUCUUUCUCUCU